ACAGUGGUUUUACGAAAUUAUAGCAGUAUGUGGAUUAGCAAUUAUAUCACCAUAUUAUACGCGCUCUACAUUGCGGUCGAUGGAAAACGUAAUCAAAACAGCAGGCAACGAAGAUACUUAAUAUUUACUCCCAGUACACAAUAUGGUGUAUUUGUAACAGUAGCGAUCCCUCUGGAGUCGGAGUCGACGGUAACCGUGGCUUGGUUCUUCGAAGCUAAUUACUACAGCGUUGACAACGCUACCUACCUCGAACCUCUGCUAGGUGAUAUUGAGACUGUUUUUACGCUACAAAGCAAAAGAGAUGCACAUCCCUGUGUGCAGGACAGCUCCAAUGUAAUCAUGCGCUGUAUAGCGAGUCAGCUCGACUGCUGGCACGGCCACACGGGACGCCCUUGCUUACUCAGAGCUAUUUGUGAGAACGCCACCUCGCAUUUCUUGCAUAACGGCAUCCUAGGCGAUUUACUUCAUCUCGUCCUGACGCCAUCAUUAUCGAUGUCAGAAGACGAUAUAGAAGACUGUUACUAUGAAGCUGAAUAUUGGGGAUUGGAGAAUAAAUGUGAAUACUACACCGAAGACUGCCCCAUGAGCCCAUUGGACUAUAUCUCUUUUAUAAUAAAUGAUAACAGUUAAA